CCGCGGAAACCCGUGGCGCGCGGGGCCUGCCCGCCGCGCCCGCCUGUGAGAGUGAAGUGAGUGCCCAGAGGCGGCUGUGCAGUGUCACUUACAGCCACGGGGUAAAAAGUCCAGCCUGGAAGUUGCUCUUGGUUGCCUGAGGAUCCAAGCAGAGGUGCAGAGAUGUGUAGCUGGGGUGGAAGCAGCUGCCAUCUGCACGGAGGGGCUGCACAGCUUCAGUGGCAUCCCUGGAUGCAGGACUGUGCCUCCUCACGUGGUGCAUGGAGGAGAAAAGUCUAGAAAGAGAAACAUUCAUUUCAAAAACAGACUCUCAGCCAUGUCAAGUGGCCCCUGUUAUGAAGGCAGCUGACAGCCCUUUGCUUCUGCGUUCAGGACACUCUGGGAGGAUCUCAUCUACAAGGGCUGCAUGAGAGACAUCUGCAGGGAGAGAAUACCCUUUUUGGACAUACUGGUCGGGGCAAGGCUCACACUACGGGCUUUUAGGCAAGUCGAGUUUUAGUCAGAGAAGUGAGAACACCACCGAGGGAGGGGAAUGGAGCGCCUGGCCUCCUUCAGUAAUGACCCUUUUGAUAAGCCUCCAUGCCGAGGUUGCUCUUCGUACCUCACAGAGCCCUACGUUAAGUGUGCUGAGUGUGGGCCUCCUCCCUUUCUCCUGUGUUUGCAGUGUUUCACACGAGGAUUUGAAUACAAGAAACAUCAAAGUGAUCACACUUACGAGAUAAUGACUUCCGAUUUCCCUGUCUUGGAUCCUAACUGGACGGCUCAAGAGGAAAUGGCACUGCUAGAAGCUGUGAUGGACUGUGGAUUUGGAAACUGGCAGGACGUGGCCAACCAGAUGUGUACAAAAUCCAAGGAGGAGUGUGAGAAACAUUAUAUGAAGCACUUUAUCAACAAUCCCUUGUUUGCAUCUACGUUACUGAACCUGAAGCAGGCGGAAGAGGCACAGCACAACGAAACAGCCAUUCCUUUCCACCCUGCUGAUGAUCCCCCACGGCCUGCUUUUGAUUCCUUGCUCUCCAGGGAUAUGGCUGGGUACAUGCCAGCAAGAGCUGACUUUGUUGAGGAGUUUGACAACUAUGCUGAAUGGGAUUUGAGAGAUAUUGAUUUUGUAGAAGAUGAUUCAGACAUCUUGCAUGCUCUGAAGAUUGCAGUUGUAGACAUCUAUCAUUCCAGGUUAAAGGAAAGACAGAGAAGAAAAAAAAUUAUACGAGAUCAUGGCCUAAUCAAUCUCAGAAAAUUUCAGAUUUUGGAAAGGCGAUAUCCAAAGGAGGUUCAAGACCUUUAUGAAACAAUGCGACGGUUUGCACGAAUUCUUGGACCGGUAGAGCAUGAUAAGUUCAUUGAAAGCCAUGCGUUGGAAUUUGAGCUGCGGAGGGAAAUAAAGCGACUACAAGAAUACAGAGCAGCAGGAAUCACCAAUUUCUGUAGUGCCAGAACAUAUGAUCACCUGAAGAAGACAAGAGACGAGGAACGCCUAAAGCGCACUAUGCUUUCUGAAGUCCUGCAGUACAUCCAGGACAGCAGUGCCUGCCAGCAGUGGCUCAGUCGGCAAGCCGAUAUUGAUUCCGGCCUGAGUCCCACGGUACCAGUUCCUUCAAAUUCAGGUAGACGGAGUGCCCCACCACUGAACCUCACAGGUCUCCCAGGGACAGAGAAACUUAAUGAGAAGGAGAAGGAGCUCUGUCAGAUGGUGAGGUUGGUCCCUGGAGCCUAUUUAGAAUAUAAAGCUGCUUUAGUGAACGAGUGUAACAAACAAGGAGGCCUGAGACUAGCACAGGCUAGAGCACUCAUCAAGAUCGAUGUGAACAAAACCAGGAAAAUCUAUGACUUCCUUAUCAGAGAAGGGUACAUCACAAAAGCCUGAGGACAGACAUCAGCGCUUCGGCUGGAGCAGGCAGAUGUGGAGAAGCUUUGAAGUCACUUUGACAGCGCUGAGAGAUUUUAACAGUGUUGAAUGAAGGACCUUUCCUUUUUAUUUAAAAUCUUUUGGGCCUUUUUUUUUUUUUGUAAAAACAAGUAGGGAGCUUUGUUAAAUUGUAUGAAUACUGA